CGGCGCGGGGCAGUGUGGGGCGGGGGCGGGACGCCGCCCGGCCGCGGGUCGGGACCUGUGUCAGCAGCACAGCAGACGCUCAGGGGGACAUGGCGGGCUGUGUGGCCCGGCGGGUCCUGGCCGUGGGCAGCCGCUGGUGGUCCCGGUCGCUGACCGGGGCCCGGGGGCCAAGGCCGCUGUGUGCGGCGGGUGGACCUGGGGCCUUCCUACCAGCGGCGACCACGACGCGGAGGCACCUCUCGUCCCGAAACCGACCAGAGGGCAAAGUUUUGGAGACAGUUGGUGUGUUUGAGGUGCCAAAACAGAAUGGAAAAUAUGAGACUGGGCAGCUUUUCCUUCAUAGUGUUUUUGGCUACCGUGGUGUUGUCCUAUUUCCCUGGCAGGCCAGACUAUAUGACCGGGAUGUGGCUUCUGCAGCUCCAGAAAAAGCAGAGAAUCCUGCUGGCCACGGCUCUAAGGAGGUGAAAGGCAAAACUCACACUUACUAUCAGGUGCUGAUUGAUGCCCGAGACUGUCCACAUAUAUCUCAGAGAUCUCAGACAGAAGCUGUGACUUUCUUGGCUAACCAUGAUGACAGCCGGGCCCUCUAUGCCAUCCCAGGCCUGGACUAUGUCAGCCAUGAAGACAUCCUCCCCUAUACCUCCACUGAUCAGGUUCCCAUCCAGCACGAGCUCUUUGAAAGAUUUCUUCUCUAUGACCAGACAAAAGCACCCCCUUUUGUGGCUCGGGAGACACUAAGGGCCUGGCAAGAGAAGAAUCACCCCUGGUUGGAGCUCUCUGAUGUCCAUCGGGAAACAACUGAGAACAUCCGUGUCACUGUCAUCCCCUUCUACAUGGGCAUGAGGGAAGCCCAGAAUUCCCACGUCUACUGGUGGCGCUACUGUAUUCGCUUGGAGAACCUUGACAGUGACGUGGUACAGCUCCGGGAGCGACACUGGAGGAUAUUCAGUCUCUCUGGCACCUUGGAGACAGUGCGAGGCCGAGGGGUGGUGGGCAGGGAACCGGUGUUAUCCAAGGAGCAGCCUGCAUUCCAGUACAGCAGCCACGUCUCCCUGCAAGCUUCCAGUGGGCAUAUGUGGGGGACAUUCCGCUUUGAGAGGCCGGAUGGCUCCCACUUUGAUGUCCGGAUCCCUCCCUUCUCCCUGGAAAGCAAUAAAGAUGAGAAGACACCACCCUCAGGCCUUCACUGGUAGGCCAGCUGAGGCCCUGGAUGGGCAGGCUCAGUCCUUGAACAGCUCUCAUCCCACAAUUGCUGCAGAACUCUCUCCAUCAGUGGGUCUCUUAAUUGGUUGCGCCAUUUGAAUGUGGGGUUCUUUCUCUGGUGGGUGGGCUGUAACUUUUCUCCCGAAGACCUAUGUAGGACUCCUCCAAGGCUGGCCUCCCCUGUAAGCCCCGCCUACACUGUGUUCCAGUAGCCCUUUCCACCAGGAACUCUGUCCAGCUGCCACAGGCUCGGAGGAGUUUCCUAGUCGGUCACACAAGUUGUUUGGAAUGUGAGGUUUGGUCAAUAAACCAGUGCACGCUUGGC